AUGAAUGAGUAUACCUUCGAUCCAAUCAAACCAACCGAUGGAUUCAAAAUGACGAUGAGUGGAAAAGUUGAUAAUAGAAAUGACGUUCGACUCUUUUCUCGUACGAAGGAGUUCAGUAACGUUCCAUCUUCUAAGAUUGAUGUGAGACGCGUAGGAAUGCCUCCGGCGAUGUAUACCCCACCACUAGCCAAUGACUUUAAAGCCAGAUUCGCUGCUUCUGUCCCCUAA